AUGUUGAACGUCGCUCCCUAUUUGAACUCGGUGUGCCCUGGUUACUCGGAGUUGGAGGAAAACACGUUCCACUGCUUGUCCCAAAGCAAAGUGCCUUCCAUGGCCAAGGAGAUUACGUGGCCGAUAACGUCAUCCGCUAAAACGGGCCAACUUGCAGUCCCCAGCUCGAAAUUGGUUUUGGAGACCAACUACUUAAACAUUGCGAGACCCGCGUUGGGUGCAUUCGAGUCAACGACCUACGUGUCCCUUCCUUUACAUGUGGUGAGCGAGUUCCAGGAAAAGGUCAAAUCUUGCGAACGUGCAACCGAGGGCAAUAUGCACAUUGGAGCCAACGUGAACCCGCUAAUUCAGGACCCGUUCCGUAAUAUCAAUCUCAACCCGGGAGCAUUGUCCACCAUAAUCGAAACCAAGACCAAAUUGCAGUCGCGAAAUCCGUUUGCUCAAAUGGCUGCAAACAGCAAAAGAAGGGAAUUUGCUCGAGAUGAAACUUAUCUGACUCUUCGAGAUCAGCCGGAUGUCACCAUCAUGGCUUGGAAGGAUGACUUUGCAGCGUGCCAGAAAUUAAUGGUCAGCUCGCAUGUAAAUGUGCUAAAUGUGUUUGGCCUAGAUGCUGCAUCCCAGUACUCAUUUACGGAAAAUGUGACAGAAGAGGAUGACAGCGGGGUAGAAGUGGAGAAUGCUGCCAUAGAGAGCCCUCUAUUGAGGCUCAGGUUUAAAGAAAACUCAAUCAUCACCACGUUGUUUGCGUUUGUGUUGGACGAAGAGCCCAUAGUGAUUCUAGGGUUCCAUUCAGGGGAACUUACUAUAGUAAGACCGCGCUCGUUGAAAUGGAAGGAGUUUACAAUUGUCUCCAACAAGGAAGAAUCGCUAGAAGUGGUUGGAGUUUCGGCAAUAACCGUCCUUCUGCAUCCCAAAUACGACUUUUUGAUUGUGGCGGGUUACACCAACGGAGAGGUGGCAAUCAUAAACCCACAUGGAGACGAAGACUUGACCCAGUACAAAAAGGAGAUUGUGGGCAAGGACGCCCACACGACUUUUUUCAGAAAGACGGAUCUAAGUCCCAUGUCUUUGAGAAAGGACCACCAACAGCUGCAGCUGCUGCUUCUUCUUCAUUUCAAGAUAAGCUCGACAGCAAUAACGGCCAUUGCGUCCACUUUAAAGCCAAAAGGAUCAGAGGAAACAUCAUCUUUGCAGCCGUACCUAGUAGCUAUCGCAGCAGCUGACGGCUUUGUCAGAAUUAUCGACUUUAUGUUCACCGCGGGGGAUAAUCGUGAAGGCGCCAACCCACUAAUCAUCACCGACAUUGUACCCAGCUACUUCAACACGGAGAUUUCCGAUGUGACAUUCAGCCCCGACUACAAGUUUCUUUGCAUACUGGGCAAAGGAGACCUCAUUGAGGUUUUCAAAAUGUCGUACUAUAAUGUUGAUGGGCUCUUGAAGAAAAACGCUAGACAAGGCGGCAGGUCCAGAAGUGGAACAGUCAAUAGCAGGGUAUCACACCAACAUUUACUUCGAGCCGAUGCAGAGGUCAAUUUCCAGGGUCAGCAGCUGCACCAGCAACAGCAACAACAGCAACAACAACAACAACAACAACAACAAAUGAUAAACAUUAUCCCUCCCAUGAUCAAAAGCAUCGACAUUGUAUGCCGACUCAAGGGCCACACAAAUUUUGUCAAAUCGAUUCAGUUUUUGGGGGAAGUAGACGAGACGAAUCUGACUUAUAAAAUUUUGAGCUGCGGCAACGACGCCUGUAUUUUCGUCUGGGAAUUCGACUACAAAGCAGUGCCGAAAGUGAAGAAACAAGCCAGCAUCCCUCACCGGACGCGAGAGACUCGGCGGUCCGUUUACGAAAGAAAGUCGAGCAUCCAGAUUGUGGCACGCAGCCCUUCCCCCAACCCUGGAAGCCCCAUUCGAAAUAACGCCGCGCGAAGAAACAAGUCGGAGGACCCCUUUUUCAAAGCCGCGUCUUUUGCGAAUGUGCCAGCUGCCAUCAUGAGCACCAACUUGUCUAGCGUGCUAAGUGGCGGAGACGCGCCAGCGACUGGGAGCGCCGUGGAUUCGGUGCUUUCGUUGUACAGGAAAUUACAAGACUUGAGGAAUAGAAAGAAUGCGCAGAGAAAUUUCGCCCAGUACGGUUCGAUCAUCACGCCCAUUGUCAACGACAAACUCGUGCCCGUUAUUGGGAUUCCAUUGGUGACUAUCCAGUUGACGUGUCUAAUCCCAGGUGGGAAAAUCGACAAUGUGAUAAUCGAUGAAAACUACCUAUGGUGUUUUUGCAAAAGCGGUGAUAUAUUCAAGUAUAAAGUAGUAUAA